UUUUAAAUAAACACUAAGACAUUAGAUGAUCAUCAUUAAGACUUAAGUUUCAUGUUGAAAAGAUUGUGCCAAAUAUAGAAACUUUCGUGUCUAUUUGGUCUAGAGUUUGCGAAAAGAACAAAAUUGUUAUAAACACAACCAGUGACACCACAGCAACGCACUAACAUCUCAUCAGUAUCUAUCUGUCCAUCCUCAAGAAUGAAGAACGGCUUCUGCGCUGCUUUGAAUAUUUUCGCUAUCUUACACACGUGUUCAACUGGCCCAUCAAACAGCAUACAGAAAAAGAAAAUAAUUCUUGAAGACCGCUACAACUUCGUCGUGGUUGGUAGCGAUCACGUGGCACAGAGCAUUGGCUUCCACCUCGCCAAAGGCCACAAAUCAAAAUCGAUUCUGGUGUUGCAAUCAAACCAAUGCGAUCAAAUUUUGGAACCGGCCCGGGCGUCAAACGUUUUGGCACUGCAAAUUUCUGACAUGUUUGCCCACAGUGCGCAUCUGAUGGGAUAUGAUUUUACGGAUCCAUUCCGACAUGGACAGAGAGUCGGCAUUGGCUACAAGAACCGGACCCGUGGUUUGGACACGGGACAGCAAACCUUGUGGGCCAUCGAUCCCAAUCUGGUGCUGCUAAGUGGAGCGACAGUCGUUCGUCUGUUGUAUAAUCAUGCCGCCGCUUCUAUACACGGUGUCGAACUGGAACUGGACGGUACGAAGCAAUGCAUUUUUGCGGUGAACGAAGUAAUCAUCGCCGGAAGAUGUAUGAAUGACUAUCAUUAUUUGAGCAGAGGAUCGAUAGUUUCAGAAACGGCCUUGGAGAGUUGUUUGCGCAUGAUACCGUUGAAUUGCAGUUUGGGCAGCCCUGUUAUGGCGCCCAUUUUUCAAAUGAAAACAAACGUGACUCUGGAAGACGACCCCAUGGUACUGGGUACGGAGUUGUAUGUGAGAACACCAGAAUUUGAGGAUGAAGAACGGAUGAAACCAAACGCCAGGCUUAGAAUCGCCAUCGGAAAGUCUCAUCUACAUGAACAUGUCUGGGUUGGUUUUGUCCCUUCUCUGAUCUCGGUGGAUCCACACUACAACCCAAGUCACGAGGAAACGGUGAAAAUGUUAGGAUACGUCUUGAAAACAGCCAAUGCCAUUACGAGUAGUGAAAUUUUCAGGCAAUUAAAUAUGACAGUAGUAGAUCAAAGCGUUCCUGAAUGUGUGAAGUAUGAGAAUACUCAACAAUUCUGGACUUGUGUUUUGGACCUCAAAUUGCGGCGAUACAAAUCGUUGCACUCUAUUGGAAAACACAAGGCAACGCUGCUGGAGAAGGAUUUUCGGUUGAAAGGUGUGCGGUCAUUGCGAUUGUUACCAUUUGGACUAUCAGCUCCGUUUCUCAAUCACCAGUGGAUAGAACUAUUUCCGGUCAAAUCGUGAGAUGAUGGAUCAGCGUUUAUGAGAUUGACGUCGUUUGCAAGAUUGUAAUAAUUAUCAUAGUCAUAGUAGGAAAAUAAACCUAUUUUUAUUUAUA